AUGUCCAAAGAGUCAAGGAGGAUAAGAAAGUCUAUUCUGAAUAAGCGUAGAAACAGUGGCGUGUCUCACUCUCUACAGACAUCUCCUAUUAUUCAUACACUUCCGGCCAAUGUUCUUAUUACUACAAACGAUAAUGGAGGACAAUUGGAAAAUGCUAAUUAUGGUGUGCAUGAGUCUAGAAAGAGGAAACAAAGAUUGAAAAUUAUUGAAGGUGAUGAAAGGAGGACAACUUCAAUGGUUACACCACCUGCAUCAUCCAAUCAUCAUAUUCGGAGCAGUCCUUUAAUGAAUAUUACAAACUUGGACCGUGUUACAGUAAGUUCCCGUGGAAGUCAUAUUCCAACUCCUUCGAAUAUUGAUAUUAGAACUUCUCGACGUUUGCCAAAGUGUUCGGUAGUAGGUACUAAUGGAAAAGAAAACUCUUACCCUGGUGAAAGCUCUAACUGUGAUGAUUCCAAUUCUUCUGAUCGUUUAUCAUCUUCUGUUGUAAAAAACAUUUCCGGAAUUGCAAGAGAGUACGUUGAUCAUGGAGAUGCUAUUUUUACAUGUUCUUACUGUCAUGCAAUGCUUUGGAAAGAUGAAAUGCUUAGGGGGAAUUUGGAUUCUAAGAAAUCGGCUUUUUCUCUUUGUUGUUCGAAUGGAGACGUUGAAUUGCCGCCCUCACCUGAUCCUCCUCCAUUUCUUGAAAAACUUUACAGAAGAAGUUCGUCUGAAAGCCGCAAUUUCAUGAAUAAUAUUCGAGCAUAUAACAUGAUGUUUUCCUUCACAUCUCUUGGUGGCAAGGUUUCUAAAAGUUUUCAAAAAAGCAGAGGUCCUUAUGUUUUUGGAUUACAAGGACAAAAUUACCAUCGCAUUGGUACUCUGCUACCAAAUGAGGGUGAAGAGCCUGAAUUUUCACAGCUUUAUAUUUAUGAUUCCCAAAACGAGGAUUUUAAUCGUCAAAAGGCUGUAAGUGUCAAGGAAGGUUCCAAAACAACUACAAAACAACUCCUUGAUCUUUCCAUCAUAUCCAGUGUUAAAAAAAUGUUGGAUUCUUGUAAUCCACUUGUGAAGUUAUUUAGAAUGGUACGAGAUUGUUUUAAAGAAAAUGAGUGGCAAGAUGUAAGACUCAAGCUCAUUAGAACAAGGGAUAAGGAUGGUAGAACUUUUAACUUGCCUACAUCUGAAGAAAUUGCUGCAUUAAUAAUUGGUGAUUUUGAUGGAGCCUUUGAUAAAAGAGAUAUCAUAGUCCAAACAAGAUCAGGCGGUCUUCAGAGAAUUAGUGAGCUUCAUCCCUCUUAUCUUGCAUUGCAAUAUCCACUUAUUUUCCCAUAUGCAGAAGAUGGAUUUAGACUUGGUAUUAAACAUCGAGAAUCUGCACGGUUAGCUUACAUAAAGACACAACAACCCAAACUUAGAAGUCAAACCUUUAAGAAUUUAAAUCAAAGUGUUCAAAGUGGAGAAAGCGAUGCGUCAAACUGUGGAAAACGAAUUUUGUUGCCUUCAUCAUUUACCGGCGGAUCGAGAUAUAUGAUGCAAAAGUACCUAGAUGCUAUGGCAAUCUGCAAAGCUGUAGGAUAUCCGGAUCUCUUCAUAACAGUCACCUGUAAUCCCAAUUGGCCUGAGAUUUAUAGAUGUUUAAAAGACAAACGGCUGAAUCCUCAAGACAGACCGGAUAUUAUCUCACGUGUAUUCAAAAUUAAAAUCAAUUACCUAAUUCAAGAUUUCAAGAAACAUAAAUUCUUUGGUGAGAUACAAGCAAUUAUUUAUACAAUCGAAUUUCAGAAACGUGGCCUACCUCAUGCUCAUAUAUGUUUGUUCUUAAGUGCCAAGAACAAGUUUCCAACUGCUAAAGAAAUUGAUUUGACUAUUAGUGCUGAAAUACCUGACAAAGAGACGGAUUCUGAACUGUAUGAGCUUGUCAAACAGUUUAUGAUGCACGGUCCGUGUGGUACAGACAACCCUCAUUGUCCAUGCAUGGUUAAUUUAAAAUGUUCAAAGAAGUUUCCGAAAAAGUUUGUAGUUCCAUACAAUGCUAUGUUACUCAAAAAGUAUCAGUGUCACAUAAAUGUUGAGUGGUGUAACCAAACAGGAUCCAUCAAAUAUUUGUUCAAAUACAUUAAUAAGGGUCCAGAUAGAGUGACAGCUUCUGUUUACCAAAGUACGACAACUGCUGGCAAGAACAAGGAAAAUGAGGAAAUGACCAAUAAUCAAAAUCCGUCAAACAAAACAGAAGUAGAUGAAGUUAAAGCAUAUAUUGAUUGUAGAUAUGUUUCAGCAUGUGAAGCUGCUUGGAGAAUCUUCAAGUUUGACAUACACUAUCGACUUCCAUCUGUUGAAAUAUUGCCUUUUCAUUGCGAAGAUGGUCAGGCUAUUGUUUAUGACGAUAAUUCAAACUUGUGUGACGUGGUUAGUAACCCAACUGUGAAAAUGUCUAUGUUUACAGAAUGGAUGAAAUGUAACCAAAUGGAUGCAUUCGCUAGAACAUUGAAGUAUAUAGAGUUUCCAAGACACUUUGUAUGGAUACGUAAAGAACGAAAGUGGAUUCGUAGAAAAAGACCUUUUGGUGCCGUUGGUAGGAUACAUUAUGUACCUCCAUCACUUGGUGAUUGUUAUUUCUUGAGAAUUUUAUUGAAUCACGUUAUAGGACCAAUGAGUUUCGAUGAUAUAAAAACAGUUGAUGGAAAAAUUUAUCCUACCUUUAAAGAUGCGUGCCUCGCUCGCGGUCUGUUGGAUGAUGAUAAUGAGUAUAUAAUUGCCAUGGAGGAAGCAAGCACAUGGUCCACUUCUGAUUUCUUGCGUACAUUUUUUGUAAUGCUGUUGAUGUCAAAUUCCAUUUCUAGGCCUGGUCAUUUCUGGAGACAAACAAAAUCUCUGUUGUGUGAAGAUAUAUUAUACCAGCAACGGAAGGUUACUGAUUUGGUUCUUCCAGAGGAAGAGAUUGAAAACAUUUGCCUAUCACAUAUUGAAAAAUUGUUACUUGCUUAUGGAAGUACGUUAAGCUGCUUUUCAGACAUGCCGAGUGUUCCUGGGAACUACAUUUCAGCAUUGAACAAUCAAAUGAUAAUGAAAGAACUUUCCUAUGAUCGGAGUAGCUUAAAAAAGGAACUUGCAUCUUUCUUAAAAUCUUUAACUGAUGAACAGCACAAAGUGUAUCAAACUGUCAUGAAUGCAGUUGCUAAAGGAAAUGGAGGUGUUUUUUUUCUAUAUGGUUACGGUGGAACUGGGAAAACAUUUCUAUGGAAAACAUUUGCAGCUGCGUUACGCUCCAAGGGUGAAAUUGUUUUGAAUGUUGCAUCCAGUGGUAUUGCAUCACUCCUAUUAGAUGGCGGUAGAACAGCUCAUUCCAGAUUUGUUAUUCCGAUAAACGUUAAUGAGGAUUCUAUAUGUUCUAUAGAACCGAACAGUGAGCUAGGAGGCUUAAUAAAAGAAACUAAGAUGAUAAUUUGGGAUGAAGCGCCAAUGACACAUAAGCAUUGUUUUGAAGCUUUGGAUAGAACAAUGAGAGAUAUCGUCCGUUCCAAUAAUUCGUCCUUGCAGUCCAAGCCUUUUGGCGGAAAGAUAGUCCUUUUUGGCGGUGAUUUUAGACAAAUCCUUCCGGUCAUUCCAAAAGGUACUAGAAGCAUGAUUGUAAAUUCUUCAUUGAAUUUUUCUUAUAUAUGGCAUGAUUGUCAAUUACUCAAACUAACUCAAAACAUGAGGUUAAGAGUCGGUACAAAAGCAAGUAAUCUUCAGGAGAUCAAGGAAUUUGCUGAAUGGAUUUUACGCCUUGGUGAUGGUCUACUUGGUGAUCCAAAUGAUGGAGAGGUGGAGAUUGAAAUUCCAGAUGAUCUACUUAUAUUAGAUGAAGUCAAUCCUAUAUCUUCAUUGAUCUCAUUCACAUAUCCGGAUAUGCAAAACUUUAUGUGGGAUUCAAAUUACUUUCAACAAAGAGCCAUUCUUGCUCCCACAAAUGAUGUUGUUGAUUCAAUAAACACAGAACUGUUAAAUAGUAUCGUUGGUCAAUAG